GGGUUAGGCAGUCAUUGUAAAUAAGAAUUUGUUCUUAAAUGACUUGCCUAGUUAAAUAAUGAUAAAAAAAUUAAAACGUUGGCGGCGUGCACAUUUAACGUUGGUUUGCAGACUGCUAUUAUAUAAUUGACGAACAUCAGCGAAUGCUUGACAUUUAUACAUCCGGUGAAAAAUCAGUCUCAUUGUUCUAUCUGUGAUACGUUUGGUGACAGGCUGGUUUACUGACAGGCGGCUCGGCAGCUGGAUGCAUCUUAGAUGCAGACAGAUGACAAUGAGCCAGUGAGUGUGAUGUUCAAGGUGUACUGUCUGUCAGUGAUGACAAUGGUGGCAGCAACUUACACUGUGGUAUUACGAUACACAAGGACAAUAUCAUCAACAGCUAUGUACUUCUCUACAACAGCAGUAUGCGUAACAGAGGUUAUUAAAUUGUUCUUGAGCCUUGGGAUGUUGACCAAAGAAGCUGGCAGCUUUGGCAGGUUAAAAGCAUCCAUAGUUGAACAUGUGUUUCAGAGUCCAAAAGAGCUGCUGAAACUGAGUGUUCCCUCUGUGGUCUAUGCGAUUCAGAAUAACAUGGCCUUCAUUGCCCUGAGCAAUCUUGAUGCAGCUGUGUAUCAGGUGACCUAUCAGUUGAAGAUCCCGUGCACAGCCCUGUGCAUGGUCCUAAUGCUGAACCGCUCUCUCAGCAGGCUGCAGUGGUUGUCUGUCUGCAUGCUGUGUGGGGGUGUUGCUUUGGUCCAGUGGAAACCUGUAGAGGCCACUAAAGUCCAGGUUGAGCAGAACCCUUUUUGGGGGUUCAUGGCCAUUGCUGUCGCUGUAUUCUGCUCCGGAUUUGCAGGUGUGUACUUUGAAAAGGUCCUGAAGAGUUCAGACACAUCCCUAUGGGUGCGGAACAUCCAGAUGUACCUGUCUGGCAUCGUGGUCACCCUCGCUGGUGUUUACAUGACUGAGGGUACUCAGGUUAUACAGAAAGGCUUCUUCUACGGUUACACGCAUUGGGUGUGCUUUGUAGUUUUUCUGGCCAGUGUGGGUGGUUUGUACACAUCAGUGGUGGUGAAGUACACAGACAAUAUCAUGAAAGGCUUCUCUGCUGCAGCCGCCAUCGUUCUCUCUACUGUGGCAUCUGUCGCUCUGUUUGGGCUACAGAUAACUGUUAACUUCGCCAGUGGAGCAAUGCUGGUGUGUAUCUCCAUAUACCUUUAUGGACUCCCAAAACAAGACACCACCAAGCUUCCAAGAGCAGACAAGGAUGCCAAGCAGAAACUGAUCACUGUUUGAGGCCUGGAAGAACUUAAAGAUUUAUGGCUGGACCUGCCCGAGGCCCUCUUUCACACUGCAGUCUGUUGCGUAUAGAAUAAGAGCGUCGGCAAGGAACUUUAAUAAUUUAUCAUUAAUGCUGGAGCAUAAAUUAAGGGAAGGGAUUUAAAAAUACACUUAUACUUCAAUAUUCUGUGGGGAUUGUGGAGCUGAGGCAUAGAAAAUAAAUACCUGUUUGACUGUUACUGCUGUUAGUCAUGGACAAUAGUUAUGAAUAUUUGUCAGUCAUUCCACUUGUCACAGUACUAAAUGUAUAUACACAGCUGACAGUCUCAUCUGGGAGAGAGCCUGGACAAUUACAUGUUAUUUGAAAGUCAUUGUUGUAGCUGUCAUUAUCUAUAAUUCAAUCUUGGGUUCUCUGUUUUGAACAUUCAAAAUACAUUUGUUGACCCUCAAUGUUUUAAUGGCAAUGUUACUGAACUAUGGUAAUAAAUCUGAACUAUUGUGCAUUGCCA